AUGGCUCUGGAACAGUCGAGUGUGUUUGUGAACGAUCUUGGACAGGCUGCUGCGCUUAUAGCAAAGUCGUCUUGGGAACGUACCGUGUCCGCAUGGCUCUAUGUGCCUCUCGGUGUGACCUGUAUUCUGGCCGUCUGCUUUGGUGUCCACUGUCUGAUAUCUCUGAGCUCGGUGUCGUUCCCUGCGUCUGUGGCUUGCAUGAUCGGUCUGUUCCUCAUACUGGUCUUGCUCCAAGGUAUACUAGGCGAUCGCAAGACAAAACAAAUUGUAGCCUUGAUUGAAAUUCCGUGCGGCUUCGCUUUACGAUAUAUCAACAUCUUCUUCUGUCCGGCGUUCGUUACCUUGCCUCUCAGUCCUGCCAUAAGCGGUGUCGAAGUCGCAAAAAUCAUAGCCGUGUUUAUCAUUGGAUAUGUCGCGGUUUUUGCUUUUACAGCAUAUAUGGUCCGAGGUCUACAGCUCGCUCUCGGCACAUCCAAGCGUGCCAUGACAGAGCGAGCUGAAGAACUUGGGCGUGAAGAUGACAACAUUCCACUAACUCAGAUGAGGCAUGACUCGACCGCUAGCGAGUUGCCCGCUGUGCAAUCGCUUUCAGCUCAGACUGCUCUGGACGAAUCAUCUACACCAUCUCCUCCGAACGGGAUCGCUGAUAUUCAAGCGCCUCUGAAGGCCAUGAAUCCAGACUCUGUGAUUGGCACUGGUGGACCACCCGUGGCCAGUAACGCAACUAUAUCCUCAACCGUUGGCACAUCAGUUCGUCACAACGCUGCACCUUUGACCCGUCCGCAACGCUGGGCUGCCUUUGUCAGCGUGAACUUUGACAUGCUAACUUAUGGCGCUCUGUUUCUCUUCGUUGGCAUACCUAUAUACUAUGGGGUCGGGUAUGCUAUGCCAGUCCAGCUGUCUCUUAACGUCGUCUUCUACUUUGCCGCCCUACGCCUACCUCCCAAAUAUAGGACAUAUCUGCAUCCCGUUUUGGUCUCAUCUGCAUUCACCAUCCUUGGAAUCUGGAUUCUUGCCCUCAUCCGACGGAACAGUCUCGCGGACGGAUUACACGCAUACACAACAAGCACAAAAUAUACGCAACUUUGGGACAACGACCAAGGCCUUAAGCCUCCAGGAGCAGGAGACAUGUUCGGCAGCGUCCUCGACGUCAGUAUCGUGGCCUUGGCUCUUCCCAUGUACAGAUACAGGAACGAGCUCAAAGCUCGAUUCGUGAGCAUCAUUGUGCCCAAUGUGAUUGUCUCAAUCGGAUCACUAUUUGCGUAUCCGGUGUUCUGUUACCACAUUGGAAUAUCUGCGCCGCGCGGUCUGGCAUUUGCAUCUCGAAGUCUGACGCUUGCUCUGGCGACACCGGCUACCAAUAACUUGGGUGGUGAUCCGUUUACUAUUGCGCCUCUGUGUAUUUUCAGUGGCAUAGCUGGUGUUAUAGUAGGACCAAUUGGUCUGGAUCUGCUCAGGAUUCCUAAAGAUGAUUACAUCACUCGAGGCAUAACCUUGGGAGCUAACAGCUCUGCUGUAGCGACAGCGCUACUCCUGACCACCGAUCCUCGAGCGGCUGCUUUCUCAAGUCUGAGCAUGGGAUUGCUGGGAACUAUCACAGUCGCACUUACUUCUGUGCCGCCUCUCGUCCACAUCAUCCGUAGUCUUGUAGGCUUGAGCUGA